AUGUCGCUCAACUCUCCCAACCUGGCGCAGCCCGCCAGCGCCAAGUCUGCUCGCCGAAAAAGAAAUCGCACGGGACGCCCAUCCUUGGUCGAUGCCAUAUCGGAUGCGUCGGGAGCAUCACCAUCCACGCCCGUCAACCGCUUCGCCGCCCGUCAGCAUACCAGCUCCUUCUCGCCCUUCAGCUUCGGCUCCCAGAACGAUUCACCGCGACCCGCACAUCCCGCCUCGCCCUCCGUCAUCCUCUUCUCCGGACCCGCACAGCGCGGCUUCGAGCGUGUACACGAUGACUCUUUCCCACAGCAUCUCCACACGCUCAAGGACCUGGCAAGGGCAAAGUUCAGGUUCGCUCCCUCCGCCCCAGUCGAGAUGAGCUACGUCAAUCCAGACGGCGUCCUCUGCGACCUCGACGACGAGCAAGACCUCCGCGCGUUCGCUGCCCACGCCAACUCGACGCCCAAGCUCAAGGUCAACGUCACCACCGCCGGCGCCUCGCCUUUGCCUCACGCAUCGCAGCCAUCGGACGUCUCUUCUCCAAGCGUUCUCAACGCCCGCCGACCUGCUCCUCAAGACGAGCCCACCGAGACGCCAAAACGACAACGGCGAGGCAAGCCCAACGGCACCCCUGCGCAGCCUGCCGCCCAAAACACGCCUCAAUUACCCAAUGGUAUCGAUAAGCAAGCGCCACUUCAGUCAAAGGCCGCCGUUGCCUCUUCCACCGAUACGACUCACCCUCGAAUCGCGCCCACAUCGGACAAGGCCAGCGCCGCACCCAUCCGCUGGGAAGAUCGCGAACCCGCCGCGGCCUUGGUCGCACGUCUGUUUCCCGAUCCUGGCUCGCAGCCCACUCCCGCCGCACCCGAACUGGCUCCGCAGUCGCAGCCAGGUACGACCAAGAAGGCCGGGCCACCAAAGCCCUCCACCAAACGCAAACGUGUCAGCAGUCCUCCACAAGCUGCUUUGCCGCCAUCCGAGGACUCGUCGCGUGCUGCUGCAGAGCUGCCUUCGUCCCCCACCGUCCCGCUCCUCAAAAAGCGUCGUCAGCGUCCCACCGACGUCACUGAAACGACGGUCCCGGCGACGCAGAAGUCAGCUGCCACCACCACUGCCCCUAACGGAGCUCCUGCUACCACCCCUGCCUCUGUGUCCGCGUUGCCUGACCCGCCAACUGCGGCUCCUGCGGUUCCUGCGGCGUCUCAGCCGACCUUCGCCGCUGAAGCCGCGUCCGCACCGCCGUCCGCUCACGUCGAAACGACAGCUAGCACAGACAAGGAAAGCCAGUCAGCGCCUGCUGCCAAGCAGACCAGGGCUUCGCGUGCAGCUGCACGAGCGGCUUCAUCGACACCAGUCUCAUCCGCACCAGCUGCUUCCACCGAAAGCACAGCCGUAGAGCCUGCCACACCCGCAGGCGAGACCGUUGCUGAGGCCGCACCUACCGCACAGGCGACUCCUGCUGACGAUCCUACUCCGGCUGAAGGAGCCGCCCCUGCUUCUCAAUUCACUCCGAUCCCCAAGAAGCGUGGUCGUCCGCCGAAGCAAAAGCCAGAGGCUGUAACGAAGGCUGCUGACCCUUCAGCGUCUCAACCGCAGGCCGACACAGAACCGCAGAGCUCGGCAAUGCAGCCAGCGGCGGCGCCUGAAGCAGCAGCACCUGCAGCGGCAACUGAGGGAGCAGCUCCAGAAGCACCAGCAGCACCAGCAGCAACGCCGGAGGCAUCGGCAGCAACAGCCGCCGAGACAGCCACAGCUGCUUCUCAAUCCACGCCCAUCCCGAAGAAGCGUGGUCGUCCGCCCAAACAGAAGCCAGAGGCCGCGGCCGAAUCUGCUCACUUGCAAGCCGACGCAGCAGCAGCGCCCGCAGCGGCGGCACCUGAAUCAGCAGUACCAGCACCGGCACCUGAAGCAACGACGGAAGCAUCAGCAGCACCUCCUUCUCAAUCCGCCCCGACUCCGAAGAAGCGCGGUCGUCCGUCCAAGCAGCAGCCAGAGGCUGCAACCGAAGCUGUUCACACCUCGGCGGCUGACGCAGCCCCUCAGAGCUCGGCACCGCAGCCAGCAGCGGCGACUGAAUCAACAACAGAACCAUCAGCAGCACCACCAGCAUCCGCAGAAACGGCUGCUGCACAAUCAACGCCGAUUCCCAAGAAGCGCGGUCGACCGCCCAAGCAGAAGCCCGAGGCCGCGACGGAAGCAGCCGCUGAACCUUCAGCGACUCCGUCGCAAGCCGACGCAGCUCCUCAGAGCUCGACAAUGCAGCCAGCAGCGGGAUCUGAAGCAGGGGCAUCAGUAGUGUCACCUGAAGCAGCAGCAUCAGCAGAAUCUGCGGUCGCUACGGAAGCAUCAGCACCCGUAGCGACCGCAGAAACUGCCUCUGCUGCCUCUCCAUCAACCCCACUCCCGAAGAAGCGCGGUCGGCCGCCCAAGCAGAAGCCAGACGCCGUGGCCGCCAUCGAAGCUGCUGACACUUCAGCGGCUGACGCAGCUCCUCACAGCUCGGCAACGCAGCCAGAGAGCGGCUCGGUGCUGGCACCACCCACCCCAGUUCCGGCUGCCAAGCCCGCCAGGGUGACUAGGGCCAGUAGGGCUUCCAAGCAAAAUGGCGCUGCUGCUGCUGAGAGCCAAACCAACGGCGCCACCAGUUUGUCCGCGUCACCUGACCCGCCGACCGCGUCUGCCGACGCCGCAAACUCGGGCGAGGCGUCUGCGGCUGCUGACGCCGACGCGACGCCCCCGACAUCGUCCGCUCCGGUCGUCGCUGUCAACGGCGAAGUCGCUGCAACCAGCAGCCAGGUCGCCGAGCCCACUGCAGCCCAGAAGCGGGCGGCAGCGGCCAGAGAGAAGCGCGCGUCCAAGGCGGCCGAGGUCAAGGCGGCCAAGGAGGCCAAAGCGGCCGCAGAGGCGGCAGAGGCGGCAGCACCGCCCGCCUGUGUCGUGUGCGGCAAGUCGCCCAUCCACGAGAGGGAAGAGUGUCCCGUAUGGCAGAGUGGAGAGCAAGCGAUCCUCGACCUGCUCAACAUGUACCGCUACAAGACCAAGAUGACCAAGAAGGACAAGGACUGCAAGAAGGAGCUCUAUCACUGGCUCGCACUGCAGUUUGGCGCCCCACCCGACGCCGGAGAUCUCAGCCAGGCUUCCAUUGCGCCGCCCUCGCAGGCGGGGAGCACGGCUCAGCCGGUGGCUGAAGCAUCCGCGGUCGAUGCAUCGCAAUCUUCGGUGGCCGAUGCGACACGCAUACAGGGCGAAGCGUCGACUCAGGACACCGGCACGCAAGCAAGCCAGGCCGUAGCUGCGGCGCCAAAGAAGCGCAAGGCUGCCGCCAAGGCAGCACCAACCAAGGUUGCGGCCGAGAUCGAUCUUCCGCCUCCGUCUGGCGUUGCCAAGGAGUCCGCAGCGCGAGCGCAGGCCACGCGAGGACGCAAGAAGGCCGAGGUAGCCUCUGCGUCUCCAGCAGACGCACCGAUCACCGUGGCGCCGUCGUCGCCGGUACUGCCGCCUGCGGCGCAGCCGCCAUCGAGCUACCCCGGCCUAAGGGCGCCGUCCGAGUCGUCCGAGGCGGAACUCGCCACGAGCCCGUUACUGUCGGCUGCGCCGCGCGAGGCGGACGACAUGGAUGUGGAUCCGCUGCCGACGCCCAAGACGUCGGCCGCACAGCAGCUCGAGGAGCGCAAGCGCAGGAUGAAGCUCGCCGAUCGCACGGCGAGCAAGGCGGCGGCAAAGUCGAAGCGCAACCGGUCGCCGGCAUCGAGCCGCUCGGGCUCGUCGUCGUCCGAGACCAGCUCCGACUCGUCGGACGGUGGGGACAGCAGCGACUCGGACGGUGAUUCGGCCAACGAGACGCGCGGCGAUACGUCGACACGAAGCAAGAGCGGUUCGAGGAAGUCGGCGGCUCGCGCCAAGAAGGGCGCCGCGUCGUCGUCGUCGUCGUCGGCGUCAUCGUCGUCGUCGGAGGAGUCGGAGGCGGAUUCUUCGGCUGCGGAUUCCGACGCGUCGUCCGAGACCGAGACCGAGGCAGAGGCAGAGGAGGCGGCCAAGGCCCCGGCUCGCGCGAGUCAGGCUGGAGGGACACGCGCGCGUCAGCGGGUGAAUCCGUUUAUGCGCGGGGUGACGCCGGUGUCGACGGGCGCGGGCCAAGCGAGCGCGAGUGCGCCGAGUACGAGCCAGAAGGUGGCGCCGUUUGUGCGGCUGUCGGAGCUCAAGCCGGGGAUGCUGCGCCAGAACUCGUCGCAGCCCGGAUCGCCGCACAGCACGGGCACCUCGACGCCGCUGAGCGGUGUGGCGCCCGGCGAGACGAUCGAAGAGGGCAAAGACGCCGCCGGCUCCGAGGACGAGAGCGACAUUUCCGAGUCGUCGUCAUCGUCGUCGUCCGAGGACGAGGCGAGUGGUGGGCACGCGCCUGCGCGCACAGGCGCGCGCUCCAAGGCUGGUAGCGACCAGACCAAGCGCGCCGGCGGCACCGCCCGCGGCUCGUCAGCCACACCUUCCGCGCCCGCCAAGACGCGCCGGAGCGUGUUUUCGUACUUCUCACAGUCGUGA